AUGCCAGCCACGCGGGCCGUCCUCAGCGCCUGUCUGCUGCUAGCUGUAAUAGUGGCGGCCACGGCCGCGGCGCGGCCCCACCCCGCGGGCCCUGCAACGGUGCCUUUCCUGAGGCGCCGCCUGGCCCGAGUGGUGCAGGACCCCCCGCCCUACACCCUGGGCGUGUUCAACGGCACCGUGGUCCCCGUUCCCCAGGGGCCCCUGGCUGGUAGUGAGAUCGACAACUUGGCCUGCAAGGUCCCACGGCCCUCAGACCUGCGCCAGGUGCCCGACAACCUGGUCAACCUCAUCUUGGACACACUCGUCACCAGGCCUGCAUGCGAGGUCCACCAGAUCAGCUCUCCCCGCGGUCAUCACAGCAAAGCAGGCUUGGCGCCCCCGAAGCGUGCGCUGCGGGCCAGGGCUGUCCCCGAUGGCAAGCAGCAGCAGCAGCCUACGCUAGAUGUGGCGAAGGUGGCGGAGCUCUUCGCGGCUCAGCCGUGGGCCACAGCUGACGACCAGCGCGGCCAGCUGGAGCGCAUAUCCAGCGUGUUGGGUGUGACCCUGGGAGAGGCCAAGGCCCUGGGGUUCAAGAAGAAGGCACUGCUGGAGCUUGAUGAGGCCGAGCUCCAGUCGCGCGUGGAGCAGGUGGCAGCUGGUGUGGGCGUCACCCUCGAGCAGGCCAAGCGCAUGGCAGCCAUACAGCCAAACUUGCUGCUGGAGCCCAAGCGCAACUCUGAGUCUCUUGCGCUGGGCCUGCGCGCCAUCAGCUACGAGCUGGGCUGCCCCAAGGAGGAGGCCGUUGACCUCAUCCUCAACAACCGCAGCAUCCUGCACGGCAGGGAGAUGCACCUGUCCGUGGCGGACAUCGCGCACCUCGCCAUGCUGCGGCAGCCGACGGGGCGCAUCGUAGACUGA